CGCAACUUUUUUGAAAGGUGAAACUCGUGCUGACAAAAUGGAGGACGAAGAAGGAAGUUAUGAAGGGGAGGGAAGUCAGGGAGCGGGUUCUGUUGGAGGCAGUGGACAGUAUGUAAAGAAACAUAGCAACACGCUACCACUGUUUGGUAACAAAGAGACGAUGAAUAUUAAUAACAUGAUUAUUACCAACAUUCUCCAGUCCCGCUAUUUCAAAAUAGAGCUGUACGAGAAAAAGACCUUCCACGAGGUAGUAGAUGAGAUAUUUUAUAGGGUUGAGCAUCUGGAGCCGUGGGAAAAAAAUAGUCGUAAACUAUCGGGACAAGUUGGAAUGUGUGCCGGAGUUCGUGGUGUUGCUGCUGGUGGCAUCGUAUCUACUCCGUUUUGCCUCUUGUACAAACUAUUUACUCUCAAACUGACUCGCAAGCAAGUCAAAGUCAUGCUCAAUCAUGUGGACUCUCCCUACAUUCGUGGUCUUGGGUUCAUGUAUAUCAGAUACUGCCAGCCACCGAAUAAUUUUUUGGAUUGGUUUUCGCCUUACCUAGAGGAUGAAGAGGAGAUAGAUCUUAAAGCAGGGGGUGGUUAUCCAGUCACUAUUGGUGUCAUGUGUCAUAUGAUGCUCACUAAAAUGGAGUGGUUUGGUACAAUGUUUCCAAGAAUAUCAGUCAACGUCCAGAAGGACAUACAUGACAAGAUUAAACUCAUUGAGAGUAAAAGUAAUAGAAAUGCUGAAGGAUCUACAGAGAAUAGCAGAGGGAGAGGUACAGAGAUGAGUCCUGAAAAUGGAACUUCUCAAAUAAGAUCAUCUAAAUCUCCCAGAAGACGUUCUCAUUCUCCACGUAGACGAUCCCCGUCGCCAAGGAGACGCUCAAGAUCUCCUAGGAGACGUUCUCGGUCGCCUAAGAGACGAUCUCGGUCUCCAAGGAGACGUUCAAGGUCGCCUAGGAGACGUUCAAGGUCACCUAGGAGACGUUCAAGAUCGCCAAGAAAAAGAUCAAAAUCUCCAAGGAGAAAACGUCAUUCAAGAUCGCCACGGAGACGGUCGCGGUCACCAAGGAGACGAUCAAGAUCGCCUCGGAAACGCUCAAGGUCGCCGCGGAAACGAUCAAAGUCACCACGGAAACGAUCAAAGUCACCACGGAAACGAUCAAAGUCGCCACGGAAACGAUCAAGGUCCCGUUCAAGAGAAAGGAAUCACAAGUAACUUUAUAUUGACCACACCCUCCAACUCUAUGCACGAUUAUUUUCCAUUUAAUUUUAGAUAUAAAUAUCAUUGUUUACAAAACAGA